AUGUGCCACAUGAAUGAGCCCCUUCGGAUUCCACACGAGUAUUAUCAGGAAGGCAACUUCAUCAUUGGAGGGAUUGCUUCUUACUUUCUAAUGUUAUACCGCAUUAUAGACUUCAAGCAACAUCCUAAUCCAUGGGCAAUUCAGCUAAGCGUGCCAAAACCUGGAGAAAAUCUGUGUGCCCUCUCCUUGGUCUAUUCUGUAAAAGAGAUCAAUAAGAACCUCAAGAUUUUACCCAACAUCACCUUGGGGUUCCACAUUUAUCAUAGCUAUUUUGAUGAAAGGAUAAUUUAUAAGAGCAUCCUGAGUCUUACUGCUGCCCAGGAUAGGCCUGUCCCCAACUACAAAUGUGACACCACGAUGGAUCUAGUAGCUGUCGUUGGAGGGCCAGACUCAGAAACAUCACUCUCAAUGACCAACGUCUUAUCCAUUUAUAAAGUUCCACAGGUUGCUUAUUCUUUAUUUACUUUGGAGAAACAAGAGAAAGUCCAGCUCCAUUCCUUCUACCAGAUGGUUCCCAAUGAAAGACAUCAGUACAAUGCAAUCGCCCAGUUACUUCUGCAUUUUUGGUGGAAGUGGGUUGGGAUCAUUGCACCAGAUGAUGAUAAAGGAGAGCGCUUCAUACAGGUGCUGGUACCAAUGCUGUCCCAGAGUGGCAUCUGCGUUGCCUUUACAGAAAGAAUAGUCACCGUGAAUUUUUCCAUACAAGACCCCAAUUUUAUAGGACACUUUCGGAACAUGUCCUUUUUUUUAAACAAAUCACAAGCCAACGUGCUUAUCCUGUAUGUAAACAUUCAUACCACAGUUCCUUUGGGAAUAUGGCUACAAAUGUCAGAAAGUGCAAAGACACCUAUCGGUAGCACCCAGAAUGAUACCAUCCUUCACCAUUCUAUAAACGUUUCAUUUCUUUCAAUACAGCUUCACCAUUUUCUGAGGGGCCUGUCAUUUAACAAUAGUGUUGGAGAAGAAGUGUCUUUGGAUGAGAAUGGUGAAAUAAGAACUGGAUUUGAUAUUGCAAACUGGGUCCUGUUCCCAAACAAUUCCUUCUUAAGAGUGAAAGUCGGAUGGACUGAUCCACAAGCUUCAUCAGGCAAAGAGUUCACCAUUAAUGAAGACAAUAUCACAUGGCACAGCACAUUUAACCAGGUGCCACCUUCUUCCUUGUGUAAUGAGAAAUGCCUUCCAGGUUUCAGGAGGACAAAGCAGGAUGGGAAGCUAUUUUGUUGCUAUGACUGUGUUCGGUGUCCAGAUGGAAAGAUUUCUGACCAGAUGGACACGGACAAUUGUUUCCCAUGCCCUGAUGACCAGUAUGCAAACUGGGAUCAAGACAAAUGCCUUCCCAAAGUUUUAAACUUCCUUUCUUAUGAUGAAAAUUUGGGCAUCACCUUAGCUCUCCUGGCAUGUUCCUUUGCCCUUAUCACAGUUGUGGUUCUUGCAAUCUUCAUUAAGUACCAAAACACCCCUGUGGUCAAAGCUAACAAUCAGGAUCUCACUUACAUUCUCCUCAUUUCCCUAAUUUUCUGCUUCCUCUCCUCACUGUUAUACAUUGGUCGCCCUGGAAUCGUGACUUGUCUCCUCAGACAAAUGGCUUUUGGCAUCAUCUUCUCAGUGGCUAUUUCUUGUGUCUUGGCCAAAACCAUCAAUGUGGUUCUGGCUUUCAUGGCUACCAAGCCAGGAUCCAGAAUGAGAAUUUGGAUAGGCAAAAGACUCACAAACAUGGUUGUUCUUUCUGGCUCUUUUAUUCAAGUAGUUAUUUGUACCGUUUGGCUAUGUACUGCUCCUCCAUUCCCAGAUGUUGACAUGAAGUCUCUGGCUGAACAAACAGUGGUAGAGUGUAAUAAAGGGUCAGUUGCCAUGUUUUAUUCUGUUCUGGGAUAUACAGCAUUAAUGGCAAUAGCAAGCUUCAUUGUGGCUUUCUUUGCUAGGAAGUUGCCGGACACUUUUAAUGAAGCCAAAUUCAUCACUUUCAGCAUGUUGGUCUUUUGCAGUGUUUGGAUAUCAUUUGUUCCAACUUACCUGAGCAGCAAGGGAAAAUAUAUGGUGGCUGUGGAGAUCUUUUCGAUCUUGGCCUCCAGCGCUGGCUUACUUGCAUGCAUUUUUGCCCCUAAAUGUUAUAUAAUUGUCUUGAGGCCUCAGCUAAAUAGUCAAGGGCAGCUAGCCUGGAGAAGUAAGAGUACAAGAUCUGAUUAA